GAGAGAGAGACAGAGAGAGAGAGAGACAGGGAGAGAGAGAGAGAGAGAGGAAGAAACAGAAACACGUUGAGGGGAGAGACGGAGAGAGGUACGGAUCAGCGGAGGAGAGCUUCAACAACACGCCGGUAAUAAGUGCUCUGCGCGGGGGGACUCGGUCGUGGCGCGUCCCGCUGGCUGCCUCCCAGAAUGUUCUGCGCCCCCGGCUCAUUUCUCCGGUACACGAACCAGUCGCCGCGGCGUCCCCACGGACACUGAAGCCCAGAUGCUCACCCUCUCCGCCGACAUGGACGAGUCUUCGUCGCUGCUGGAUCUGCUGGAGUGCUCGGUGUGCCUGGAGCGCCUGGACACCACGGCCAAGGUGCUGCCGUGCCAGCACACCUUCUGCCGCCGCUGCCUGGAAAACAUCGUCAGCUCCCGGAACGAGCUCCGCUGCCCGGAGUGCCGCAUUCUGGUGGACUGCGGGGUGGACGACCUGCCGGCGAACAUCCUCCUGGUUCGCCUCCUGGACGGUAUCAAGCAGCGGCCCCAGCGAGGGAGCGGAGGUGGAGGAGGAGGAGGAGGAGGAGGAGGAGGAGGAGUGGGAGCAGGCGGCAGGCAGUCCCUCGCCGUGGGCUCGCUGCAGGGGUACGCAGCCGGGAUAUCCGCUUCUCCCCCGGGCAGCGCGAUUAGAGAGCUGCCCGUCGGCACCAGGAGCUCGCCUGUCAAGAAUAUCCCAGCGCUGCCUUGUGGUAAAGCCCUCUACUCCUACGAAGGCAAAGAGCCAGGCGAUCUCCAGUUUUCCAAGGGUGACAUCAUCAUCCUGCGACGCAAGGUGGACGACAACUGGUACCACGGCGAGCUCAGCGGUUGUCAUGGUUUCUUGCCCGCGAGUUACAUCCAGUUGCUGCGUCCGCUGAGCCAAACUCCGCCGCAGGGCAAAGCGCUGUACGACUUCGAGGUCAAAGAUAAAGACCAGGACAAAGACUGUCUGGCCUUCAGCAAGGAUGAGGUGCUGACUGUAAUCAGGCGAGUGGAUGAGAACUGGGCAGAGGGCAUGCUGGGAGACAAGAUUGGCAUCUUCCCCAUUCUCUACGUGGAGUUAAACGAAACAGCCAAGCAGCUGAUGGAGAUCGACAAGCCCACACCGACUAACGCUCCGGGUCCGAGCUCUGAGCCGGCGCCGUUGGGCUCCUGUGCUCCGGGCCCCUCCCCCUGCGCCUCCCCGUCUAACGGAAACGGCUCAGGUCAUCGGCGAGGCGAAGGGAAGAAGAACGCCAAGAAGAGGCACUCGUUCUCGGCGCUGUCUGUCAGCCAAAGGGCCGCCCAACUCAACAACAGACACAGUAUGGAGAUCUCCCACCCAGUCCUCAUCAGCUCCUCCGACCCCAGGGCGGCUGCACGCAUCCAGGAUGCGUCUCACCCGGGUCCCUCUCCAUCCUCGGCAGGGGUACUGGUGCCCCCCAAAGUGGCAUCUAUAACCUCUGAGCUGCUGGCCCACGCCAAGGUGCAGCUGCCACUCAACAUAUAUCUGGCUCUAUACGCCUACAAGCCCCAGAAGGCUGACGAGCUUGAGCUUAGGAAAGGGGAGAUGUAUCGGGUGACAGAGAAGUGCCAAGACGGGUGGUUCAAAGGCACCUCGCUGAGAACCGCUGCCUCCGGUGUCUUCCCAGGGAACUACGUCACCCCCGUGUCCAGGGCUCCAUUUGGAGUUGGUGCUUCUCGGGGCUCGUGUUUGUCUAGUCCAGUCGGGGGAGGAGGAAGUGGGUGCAGUCAGGCGGGGAGUAAAAUCUCUGACCCUUCGUCCCCAAGCUCCCCGGGGCCCUCUUCGUCCCGACCCUCCACCCCGCUGGUAAACUCAACCAACCCUGCCAACACCGUCAGUCCCGCCUCUUCGCCCCAAACUGCCGCCGCCCAGCUGAAGAACUGCCUGCGCUCCAGUCAGCACACGGUUAACCAGGCACGCACCUCAAUGCAGCUGGUCCACAGUCCUCCUGCUGGAAGUCCAGAGCGCCCCACAGUGGCCCUGUCCCCCCUGCGUCCUCAGAGUUCCUCCCCCUCACGCUGCCCCGGCCAGUCGGGUCGUCCCCUCUCCAUGGUGUCUCCGGGACCCAGUUUAGGGCCCUCGCCCCUCUCCUCACCCGCCUCACGGCCCCACCUGCCCCUCUCCUCCCCCCUCUCCUGCCUCACGCCUCCUAACGUGUCAGCGGUGCUGCUCAACGGGGACUCGGCCAGCCCCCUGCAGCCGCCUUUGCCGGGCCCCUCCCACGUCAGCACCCAGGGCGCCCUCGCACCCAAAGCAGAGAAGAAGGAGAGGAAAGCGGGAGGUUUAUUAAAGCUGCUGUCGGGGGCGGCGGCCAAGAAAAAACCUCGCUCACCUCCCUCCUCCCCGCCCACCAACGACCCCUCGCUGGCCGGCCCCACCGAUCUCGCCCACCACCCGCACCACCAUCACCACCAUGCCCGCUCAGGUUCCUGUCCGAUGGCAUCACAGGGGCGAGCCGGCUCCUGUCCGAUCGAGAGCGAUAUGGGGGCCAUAGGGCUGGAGCCUCUGCACAGGAAGUCUGGCUCCCUGGAUACCAAUUUCCCCAGGUCGCCCCCGGCAACACGUGCAGGCAGUGCUCUGAUGGUCCUCCGGCCUGAACCUAAACCUCUGUCCAGAGAGAGGUAUCGUGUGGUGGUGCCCUACCCUCCCCAGAGCGAGGCAGAGAUCGAGCUGAGGGAGGGGGACGUGGUGUUUGUCCAUAAGAAGAGGGAGGACGGCUGGUACAAAGGCACCCUGCAGAGGACGGGACAGACCGGCCUGUUUCCCAGCAGCUUCGUCGAGAGUUUCUGAACUGGAAAAAGAGUGGACAAAAGAACGCACACUGUUCCUGUUUCUGAGUCACAAAGCACCCAAAACACACACACAGAUACACACACACACACACACACACACACACACACACAGGGAUGGACUGACAUUGGUUUCCUAGAAUUACAUAAGAUAAACAAAAAGAAACUUGCUUUAAGAAGCUGUUAAGCCUUAUUAAAAGGGUUAUACUGCACACUAGGGGAGAUCUAUUAACUGUUGACUACCUGCUUAUGAGCAUGCAUAUCAGAUUAUGAAUUAUAUAGAGCCAAUAUGCUACUAAUAUACAUGCUAAAAAACAACUAGUCAAUGGUUGUUAUGUGUACCCUAUUAGAGUGCUACCCAAACUUUAAGGGUUAGCAGCUUAAUGUGAGCUGAUGUAAGUCUCUGGAUUUAAAGGGUAGCUUGACCUAUUUUACACAUUAAAUUGUGUUUACAAGUCUUAGGGUGCACUACUGGAAUGUAGUAUGAAGCCUUUUUUGUGGCCCCAGAGGAAGCUGCAUGUAAUGUGAUGAGAUGCCUACAGUGAUGACACUCAGUGGCUGAAUUGCCCUAUGGGUAAUGUAGGCGCCAGGUUUUGAAGAGGGAAGAGAAUAGGUGGAAUAACAGCAUGAUCAGGAUUAUAAGAGUACAAUGCUUGACCAGUGGACGGCUUUUCGAAACCUUGCGCCUACAUUACCCACAAGACAACGGAGCCAGUGAGUGACAUCGCUGGAGGCAGUUUAUCAAAUAGAACAUGAACACCAGAAUUAUAGAUUUGAGAAUAAUCAAAUUGAAAACUAAACCUCAAUAAUAGUUUGAUAGCCAUCUUUAAAAACCUGUAUCAAUUCAAUCAGUUCACACAAACACACACACACACACACACACACACACACACACACACACACACACACACACACACACACACACACACACACACACACACACACACAGGAAAGCUAGCCUAAGCUUCAACCAGCCACAGAGGAAACAGGGCAGCUCGUCCCUCCCCGGGGACAGCGUUGAGGUCGGACGGGCUCCACCAGACUCCGUGAUGUUGACUACUGAAACCACACAGACUGAGAGAGCACAGAAAGACAAACCCUGCCUCCCAGUUCUCCUCCUUGGCAUCAUCCACCAGCAAACACUAGCACAAAAAGCAUUAGCUCUGCUUUCCACUGAGACCUCAGAACUUGAAUUCGGGUGCUUUCUUUGUUUGAGAAGUGACGAUUUACGGCCAGGUGAUGGGGGGGAAGUGUGUGAGCGUACACUCCAGGAUCAUUGUAAGCACAUCUCCGUGUCUAGUUUGUGACAACAAGCUCAUAUGUUUCUUAUCAACAGGAUAUAUGUUUAAAAAAAAACGAUGCAUGUAGCAUUAUUAUUGUUUUUUUAUAUAUGUUAAAAUAGGUGUUUGUGUUGUCCCAAACUAGUCAUGCUGUGAUGAUCUGUCACAGGAACUUUAAUUUAAAAAACUGAUGGUGCAAGGUAUGAAUUAGGUGAUUUGUUUUUCUAUUUAUAAACCUUACAUAAAUUUAUACACCCUUUUUUAUUUAAAUUUAUCCUUUUAGAUCUCCCACAGCUGGGUUGAACUGCAUAAACUGGCUUGCUGAAUGUAGUAAGAAAGAAUUUAUUUGUAAUCUUCUGUGUGGGAUCAUAGAAACAAAGAACGCACUUGGUAAUAUUUGAUACAACCUGCCAAUAUAUCUGCAUAUACAGUAUUUUAACACACUCAGUUAUUAUUUAUUUGACAAAAGGGAUUUCCGUUGCUACUCGUCACAUCCUUCUUCAGUCACAAGCCUCUUUGGCUGGACAAGAUACUAAGAAAAUCAUAAUCCUUUUUUUCCUCAACUAACCAACCAAAAAUGUAUCACUAACAUAGUUGGAAAUCUCCUAUUGGAAGUACAAUACCGUCAGUUCCUCCUCCUCAGCCUUUUUCUUGAGAAACCCUUGAGAGUUUUUGUAUGACUGCAGCAAUAUCGUGAAACCAAACGUGUGCAGAUUCGUCGCUCAAGGAAGAAUGUACGAUCGAGGGGGAGAAAAAUCCACAAUCAGAAGGCAGGGACGCGUGUUUUUCAUCACGCAACUGCCAACCUUUGACAACACCUUUUUGUCCUCUGAUAUUGUCGACCUUUAAUCGAGUAUUUUUGUACGGCUUCAGUGAGUGUACAGUCCGCUCUGUGAAUCUCUACGUCCUGAGUGUGGAUCCAGGCUUGUCUAGUUUACAUCCAGCCACAACCAUCUACCUUUGUUCUCUGUUUCUGGAGAUAGAAGCACAGCGAAACUUAGAGCUUGAACUCUGUGUGUGUGUGUGUGUGUGUGUGUGUGUGUGUGUGUGUGUGCAAAUGUGUGUACGUGUGAGAGGUCGGCAGGAUUUUAAAGCAACAUUAUGCAGGCAGCCCCACAGUUUCUGAGCGCGACACCACAGUUGUAAAUCCACUCCCAGAUGCUAACUACAAACCAUGUCCCACAGCAUCAUGACAGUAUUAGUUCUUUAAGGCUUUAACAUGCUACCGAUUAAAUCUUGAAAUGUUGAAACGGGGUGACUUAGCUUGUGAUCAAAAACUAGCAAGUUGUUUUCAAACGCAGCCAACAUCGAGAGACGUAUAACUUAGCAAGCUAGCUAAUGUUACUUACUACCCCAGCAGCAACAAGUCCAGCUCGACGUUUCUUAUGGAGCCUUUAUUAAGCAAAAACUGUCACCAAAAAUUUAAAUCUGGUGUUCCAAGCAGUCAGCUAGCUACAUGGCUAACUAAGCUAACUGAGUGGAAGGUACAGCUAGCAGCAGUUAGCUGUUAGCCGGAGGAAAUUAGAGGGAAAAACAUUUCUAUCUGUGAGAUAUUAUCCAGUGUCGUCUGUAUACUGUUGUAGAAAUAGUGCCGUUAAAGGGUUACACAUCUCUGUAGAUUGCACCUGACCUGCAUCCCACCUCAGCUUCUGUUUGUGCCAUUAGGUUUUUUUAAAAAAAAUCAUAGUUGGCCUACAUAAUGUUGCUUUAACACUGGUCAUGUAUGAGCGGAAGUUAAAGGGCAUGAACAGUUUUCCUCACCUGCUUGUGUCGGAAUGCAGCACAAACAAACUGGCCAUGUGCACACGGGUGAAGCUGGCUCUUUGGCUGAGCACACAAAUGUCUGACUGGGUCAUAACAAGGCAAUAGUCUGCCAUUGGCUAAGCACACUCCAGCCUCCUUGGUAUACUUCAAAAAUGUCACAUGGGUAUAAACAACAAAAACGAAAUUCUAGCCGGAGAACUGUUUUGUUUCUUUGCGCUGCUUCAGUGAAAAGCGGGAAAAGAGAGUCAACAAACGCUGCGGCGCCAGAACAGGUGGAAACUUCUGUCAUUUCUCAUUCCCAUGUGAUGUGACUGCAGAGGAAACAGUCGAGAUGUGAGACUCUGCAACAGGCUCUCCGCAGACAGACGUGCAGAGAACAAGCACAAGUCAAACAAUUCAGACUCAAAGACAUGUUUCCUCUCACCCCAGUUAUUCCUCUGUUAACGGUCAUGUCAGCUUCUUACAUGACAGAUCUUUUCUUUUCAUUUAGUGAAAAUUGCAAAAAAAAAAAAAAAGGGUGUAGGCAUCAAAUUAAAGCAAAUGUUUUCGGGUUGGCCUUAAACUUGAAGUAGAUGUGAGCUGUCAUUGAGGAGACGAAAGCACAAGAAACGUGUGCUCAUUGUGAGGAAAAGAAUCCUGUGAGAAAGAAAACUGAACACACACUCGUGACAGAGGGAAGCGUGUUCUGCGAUCAUGCUGGCAGUGCAGUCUGGGUAAUCCCGUCCAUCUGGGGUGACAGAUGAAACCAAAAACACUAGAUUAAGGGGUUUUUUUUUUCUGCCGGCAGGUCACAGCUGGAAGUCGCACACACACACAUAAAAGACUAUGGCUAGACUGACAUAUAUCACUUUUCAGUCAGAAUCCUGGAUACGAUGCUUAUUACUAUUUAAUUUUUCAAUUGACCAGUUCUGUCUAAUUAUUCAGUCCUGUUUCACACAACCAGACUGUGAUAUUUCUGCAUCCUUUAAUGAAGUGUUCUAGUUCAAAAAAGUAAGAAAAAAAAGUGCUAAAAAACUAAAUGUCAAAGUUUGGCAGAAGAUAUUAGUGGAAGCUUCAGUCCAAAAAAUAUCUGCAUUGGCCUUCAAAACCUGUCAGUCAAACCCUAGUGCCUACAAAUGCCAACACACACACACACACACACACACACACACACACACACACACACACACACACACACACACAGAAAAACAAACAUAUUCUUAUCAGGCAGAGCAGCCUGUCUUUAGUCUCUUUAGUUACUUUCUUAUCAAAAUGAUGAGCCUGCUGGUUGUUGUUUCUCACGGCUCAAUGACAAAGACCAGCAGAUCCCACAAAAAAAAACGGUUUCCUUUUUCUGUUUGUGCACUCGCUGCACUAGAGGACUCUUCAUUUCUACCAAGUCAGACUUAAGCACAAGUCCUCAUUUGUGUCUUGUUUUUUUUUGUUUUUUUUGCUUUUUUAUUGCAUGAGGUUGAUGCUGUGAGGAGGAGGAGGAGAGUUUACAACAGUCGAAACAUCAGGAAUGAAACCACUGCACGGUGGUCACUUUACAUCAGAUAUCUUGAACAAAUGUUUUCAUGCUGUUCGUGUUUUUUUUUGUUUUUUUUCCUCGUGAUGUAAGCUUUUCUUUUCGGCUCAACUUCCUGGUUGUAAAUACCACUCGGGAGCUAAUUUGACGGCUUGAAUAACAAGAAGGAGCCAUGAACAGCGGUGGUGAUUCCCACUGGACGCGAACACAACGUGAUACAAACUAUUGCACAUCCAGUAGUUUCACUGGGAUAUGAACAUCAGUGUCCACUCCCUUUUUUUUGUUCUUCCAGGAAGCCUGAGCACUCACCCUGCCAUCUUGAAUUAGAUGUCGGCCAUAUUUGUUCCUAUGGAUACUUGUUUGUUUGAGUGUGUGUGUCUGUGUGUGUGCGUGUGUGUGUGAGGGGAAGGGGGGGGGGCCUCUGUAUGUAGCUCUUUACAUUAAAAAAAGGACCUUUAUGAAAAAGGUUGGUGUUGCGUGAACGCCUCAUCGGGACUGAGUCUGGGUUGAAGCGAGCGAAGCAGAAAAAGAAAAAAAAAUAAAGUAUAUAUAUAAUUCUAUAUUGUGCAGAAUAUUUAUAGGCCUUUUGUGCCAUUGAAGUCAUGCUCUGCACUGGCCGUGCCCAGCGCUCUCUACCAUGUGAUCAUUAUACAUCGUCUUGUACUGAUGACCCGUGGCUAAUUUGAUUGUUUUUUCAUGUCAAGUGCAUUUUUCGCAAUAAAUGCCUUUGUUUUAAAACAGA